UCAUGCUGCUGCCAAGUCCAGAGUCUCUCAUGGGUCCCUGUACGGCCUCCCAUUGCUGCUGUCUCCAUCGCCACACUGCUGCCAUGUGCCACUUUCAGGUCUCUUCACACUGCUGGUGUGUUAAAUUUUUUGACAUAGGGUGCUGGCAGAUUACGGGCCUCACAUAGCUGCUGCCAGGCCCCUAAUCUGCCAUGGGCCCCUAUAUACCGCCUCCUCAUGCUGCUGCCAAGGCCAGAGUCUCUCAUGGGUCCCUGUACGGCCUCCCAUUGCUGCUGUCUCCAUCGCCACACUCUGCUGCCAUGUGCCACUUUCAGGUCUCUUCACACUGCUGGUGUGUUAAAUUUUUUGAC